CUAUUUUCUCUGUUGGAGUUUUAGUUGUAGAUUCUAAAAUGCGGUUUGCAGCAAAUUUAUCCACUAUGUUUCCGAAUUUACCGAUGCCCGAUCGGUAUUCGGCAGCAGCUGGUUUAGGUUUCAAAGCAGUAGAAUGCCAAUUUGUAAACCUAACUGAAAAUACGCCUGAUGAGUUAAAAGAGGCCAUGAAAAACGCCGGUAUUGAGCAUCACGUUCUUCUCAAUUCAUGGCCAGGUGACAACAAUGAAUUUGGGUUUGCAGCAUUGCCUGGAGGGGAGGAACCUUUCUUUGAUUCCAUUAGUAAAGUCCUCCCAUAUACGUUUUCUCUGGGAUGCAGAAAACUGCACAUAUUGUCUGGCUUGGUGCAAGAUGAUUGCAAAAAUACCAAGUUCUUAGAGGACAUGUACGUAGGUAGGAUGCAGGUUGCUGCGGAAGUCCUGGAAGAUCAUGCAAUUGUGGGGCUCAUCGAGCCUUUGAGCCCGAGAGUGAAAAAUAAUUAUUUUCUAUCAUCUUUUGAGAAAGCCAUUGAAUUACUGGAGAAGAUCCAGCGUCCUAAUAUCAAGCUUCUAUUAGAUAUAUUCCACCUGCAAGAAAUUGAAGAGUCGAUGGAAAAUUUGGAGAAGUACUACAAGUAUGCUGGGCACAUACAAGUGUCCCAGUCUCCUGAUAGAAGAGAACCUGGAGCUCAAGGCAGAAUCGACUAUGAAGACGUAUUUGAGAGAUUAAAGAAAUUGGGUCACAAUGACUAUAUAGGAUUAGAAUAUUAUCCUCAAAAUUCUGUUGAGGAAAGCCUUAAUUGGCUUAAGAAAUUUGGGUCACUUUAAUGAGACAAGCAUUUGAAAACACAAGCAUUUUUGCCUUCAUUCUCGCUGAUCUUUAACUGCAAUUUAUAAUUUUCAUAUUGUUUAAAUGCUAGAAUGUUAUGUAAGGCAUUUAUAUUUUGUACUAUUUUUUUCAAUUACAUUUGAAAGAUAAUUCAUACUUCAAUUUUAUAUUUUUUCCUCAUGGACAAUGUAUGCAAACAAAUUUUGAAAGUGACCCUGAUACAAUUUUUUCCUCUUUAUUUCUUGUUGUUUACAACUGUAAUUGUAUAAUUCAUGUUGCCAAACAUAUACCUGGUGAUAAUGUGUUGAAUAACCUAGUCAUGUAUUUUCUGAAAUUCUGUACAAUCCCUGUGUAGCAGCCUCUGCAACAAUAUACAUAUAGUGGCUCCCAAAAGUGUUUGUACACCUAUGACUAAAUGAAAUAGACCAUCCAUCCAGAGCUGGAUUUGGAAGUGUGGAGGCCCUGGGGCUUUGAAGGUGUAGUAGUCCCUUAUCAGUGUUCGAAAAGAUCAUCAUAUUUUCUAAAAUAUCCAACUUUAUUUGUUUUUAAAUCAUAGGUACAAAUUACAAAUUAAAUGAAUAAAUAUAUAUAUAUAUUGCCACUGAAAUGCUCGAUCAAUUAAAAAAUUGAUAGUAAAUGGAUACUUGCAAUCAGGGCUUUCUGAUAUAUCGAUAAUAUUAUUUUUGUGCUUGCAUUCUUUGUAGAAAUACAAAAAAAAAAAAAAAAAAAAUUCUGGGAGAAAAAAUGUAAAAUUUGGUGACCCAAGGAAGAUAGGAUAUUUUGUAAAAAAUUUAUUUUGGGGGUCCCUUUGUUGUAGAGGCCCGGGGGCAGUAGCCCAGCCUGCCCUCCCUUAAAUCCGGCCCUGCCCCUAUCCAUUGGUUAGAAUUAAUAUUUUGGAAUAGGUAUUUAAUUGUAAGAUCUAUGAUCAAUUUUUAACAAAACUACAUGAAAAGUUUUAAUAAAAUAUUAAAACUUAAUUUUUUAAAAAUCAAAAAGUGCUGGAAAUUUUAUCCCACAAA